AGUGCUCUGAGACUGUCACCUGUGCAGCCACAAGAACCUGGAAUUCCAUGUCCUAGAGUCGCUCCAGUGCUUCACAUUUUGUUACACAUGAUGAGUCAAAAGACAGGAAAUACAUCUGGAGGUCUUGCAAAUGGAGAAGGGUUUUUACUGAACCCCUCAGGACAAACACAGCUUGUCAUUGCUACUGUGGAAGUAGCCUUCAUGAUGAUAACACUGGCAUUAAGACUUCCUCAGACCUAAACCAAGAUAUUUAUAUCCUGCACCUCACUGAAACAGCGCUGUGCCGAAUUCAUGGAUCCCACAAACUUGCAUGGAUCUGAUUUCUCUCUUGUACAGCCAGUCCAUUGACCUGAAAGACCUUACAGCUAUAGUCAUCUGUGAGGCAAGACCUCCUUGGCCUUUGGAAGGGAAAAGACACACAUCUUAAACCCAGGUGAAGACUAGAGAAGAAAAUGUCAGCUGCUCCCGGCCAUUAUUACCCCCCUUGCUGUGCUCUGGGAACCUGGAGAAAAGGUGUUUCCACCAUUGAAAUGACAGCACCCGAUUGAAGGGAGCAGCAGCAACCCUGAAACAAAAUACAGUGACUAUGGAUGGCAAAAAAGACCAUCCUGAACUAACUCUGUGAAGAAGUGUACAGGGAAGGCCAAACUAACAAAUUGCAGAGAGCAUGGGCUGGAGAAAAAAGCCAUCAAGCAGACAGCUACCAAGGAAGAGACUGUCAGAAAGGUGGAAUGGGGACCACAUGCUUCUCAACUAACAACUUUAGAAGUGCCAUCUCCAAAAGACUCAUCAGGGACCUUGUCUCAGAGGUAAAGGAGCCUUUCUUUUAAACUUUUCAGUUCUGCCUCAGUAGGGUAAUUUUAUCUUAACACUGGCACUCUACAGAGUUCCCUAUGGAAUAUCUUGAAGCUACACAAACACAAAUCCUAGAGAAACAAUAUUUAGUUUUCAAAGACAAUUGAAAUAUUUUUAAGACCAACCACUGUUUUGGCCCAGGGUAUGUACUUUCUGCAUGGCAAUCUCCAAUUUGUACCAGAUGCAAAGGUAUUUACUACACAUACCCAAAACUGUUCAAGUUCCUUUGUCUUUGUGUUCAGCUAACCUCAACUUCCAUUCCACAUAACUUACUUCACCUCAAUUAUGUUUCUUGGAAUAACAUUGAAUUUUGGUCAGUUCAUUGUUGGCUCUGUUUGUCUUUGGUGCACUGUGCCUUACAGGGUUGGCUUGAAGCAUAAAACACUGUGGAGAAGGAAUCCAAUAUGGUAAUACAAUCAUUUGCCUACUACUGCAGGAACAGUUUCCAUUAUAGCCCCUAUUUUUUACACUCUCCUAACUUUCCAAAACACUCACCUUUAGAGAUGGAGUUUUCCAUGCUUGGAGUUUGCCUGAAGGUUAAAUCUGCCUGCAUGAAUAAAAGUUUUAGUAAAGACAUCUAGUCACUUCUAUGUUAUGGGAGAGUGGAAAAAAAACCCUAAAUUUUUUCCAGCUUGGGAAGAAAAAUAUCUAACCACAAUUCUGAGAAGGGCAACAGCAAAUCUGCUGAGGGUUGAAAUUUGACAGGCACAAUCAGUGGAGAGCCCAGUCAUAUGUUAUGGACUUUGCUCUUUGAACUCAUCUCCAUGUUCCUUGUGUCUAUAGGGAGCAUUUUGUGUUCAACAGCCUGCAGGAUAAGAGCACAGCCAACCAGCCACUCCAACUGCCAGCAACUAAUUCCUGUUCCUUUUUUCUCAUGUAAGCACAAAAUCAGGAUCUCUGUUCCCAAGGGUCUAGAAAUGCUAAAGUUAAACAUCUAAUAGUGUUAACUCAGUCUUUUGAAAUGUCUAUAAGAUUGUGAGUAAAGGAGUUGUUUGUCCAGUUAAACAAGAAGGACUGACUGGUAUUAAAAGAGUUGGCAUCUUUUUUCUGCUAUCACUUUUAAUUUUCCUGCUUAAAAAGUCUACCUGAUCUCUGUGAAGGGCUUGGAGCUGUAGUAACUUCUGGAUCCGACCUGAAAUACGGUUAAAAAGGUAACUAUCUUGUGACUAGAGCUGGUUAUUGGAUUAUUACCUGCAUGAGGAAGUUGUCUAGUUUAACACCAAGCCAUUAAGAAAAAAGGGAAAGAAAUCAAUGUUUCCAUAAGAGCAACUUCUUAGCUAACACAUUAGGAACUCUAAGAAAUAACACCUAAGCUAGAAGCUGUGAAGAGGCUAUGUGCACACACUGUGCAAGUCAAAAAAGCCAGAAAGAACACCAUCGUUGUUGAAAGUGCAAGCUGCAUUCACAGAGAUCUCACCGGCAGAGAGACUACAUGGAGGCCGACGAAGCUAGGCUUGCUCAGGACCAAGAGCAAUUGCAAGCUGUAGGUGAGAUAAAGGUGCAGGUUUUGUCACCAUUUUGGGACGUCAGACAUGCAUGGGGAACCUUCGAAGCUUUAAAAUUAAACGUCAUGCUUCUACUGCUAGAAAGACACUUUUAGGUCACCUACAUUAAUGAACAGUCGUAAGCAAUUGGUCAGAAAUUAGUAGCUUAUUGCAUCAGUGGAAGUGCUAAAAAGUUGCAGCUAGGAGGUCUGGCAGGAGCCUUGACACUAGGCAUGUGCAUGGUGAGACUGGAGAGGGGAAUGUCCCUGCAGCUAUGAAGCCAAAUGCUUUCAAUAAGUGUCCUGGUUUCAGCUGUAACAGCUAAUUUUCUUCCUAGUAGCUGGUGCAGUGCUGUGCUUUGGCUUUAGUCUGAGAACAGUGCUGAUAACACUGCACCCUAGGAAUUACUGCAGUAACUCCAGAGCAAAAGCAGUGAAUGAACAAAUCUUCAUUCUUGGCUGUUAUCACUGCCCCUGGCUGUAUCUGCAUUGCUCUUUAGAUGCUCUAGUAAAGAACUAGAGCACCCUAUCUGUCUCUUUGUAUGACAUUCCAUAGUGUAUGGCAUUUCUCCCAUAAAUCUCUGCAGCAUUUCAGUCAAGCCCCCCUUAAUACUUAUCCUCAGUCUCAACUUACCUGCCUCAUGCAUAUCCUUUUAGCUAACCAUGCUAGAGUGUGAGGCUAGGCUAGAUGACCUCCAGAAGUCACCUCCAACCUGAAUUAUCCUGUGGUCCCAUGACCACAUUGCAGAGAAGGCCUGCCAUCUGAUAUGUGUGUGGCACAGCAGAUUACUGCAGUGUGGCCAGUAUCACUGUGGAGGUCAACACAGCCAUACACUGGAUGUAUUGUUCUUCUGUUCCUGCUGUCCAGGACAUAGCAAAGCACCUUCCCACUUUUUGAGCUCAUAGGCAGAAUGUGUGGUGUCCUACAUUGUCCCCUGAAUAUGAAGUCACAAAAGGUUUGGUUGUACCUGUGCCUCUCUUGGUCACUCCACGUGGCCCUUGAGCACCCCAAUCAGAAGCUCUGACUGUGUGUGUUGUUCUAGUGCUUCCUGGAAGUUCUCUGCCCACCAUCUGCACCAAGUUUUUACUCUCUCGACUGCUGACACAAGAUAUCAGUCUCCAGGAUGUGAUGAUCUCUGUCUUCAUCAGUGCUGUGUGACCCUCUGCAGCCUCCACCCAAAUGACCCUGGGGAGUUCAGCCACAUCCUGAGCUCCUGCCAAGUGUAUCUUUGGGUGCCUGAGAGCUGCCUGGGAGAUAAGCUGGGCGCAAGACCUGGGACACCUUCCACACCAGCCUGUCCUAGAGGGUGAUGGCCUGACAGUCAACUUGAAAAGCAGCAGACAAACCCAGGGACAGAACUGUUGAUUUCACUAUUGUUAAGCAAAUGUAGCCGUAACUUGCAAGGAUGACUGAGAUACAAAACUUCACUUGGGCAGUAGAAGAUAUUUUCAAGGAAACUUUUCUCACUUACAUGAACGGCUGGAGGAGAAACAUGACAGAAGCAGCAGAUAAAUUGCAAGCCAAGGUUGAUGCUGAAAACUUUGACUAUGUUAUUCUCUAUUUAAUGGUGAUGAUUGGGAUGUUCUCCUUCAUUAUUGUGGCAAUCUUGGUGAGCACUGUGAAGUCAAAGAGGCGAGAGCACUCCAAUGAUCCUUAUCAUCAGUACAUCGUUGAGGACUGGGGCGAGAAGUAUAAAAACCAGGUUCUGAAUAGAGAAGACCUCAAGUGUAUGAUCCAUGAAAACCCAGGUGCAAGGGACAAAACAAGCCCUGGAUCACCUUGACUUUUUGAAAACAUCUGCAAUGAGGAAAUCAUAAAGCCACGUGCAUGGAACUCACUGGAAUUACAAACAGAUGUGAAACUGUUCACUAAAUUAACAGACAGGACAAUCUGAAACAGAGCGCUGAGGAAAUCAACAUUACUGCUUCCCAUGAGGACUCUGGCAUGGCUGCUCAGGGAACACCCAAGAAAACUGAAUUAUUGUGCUUUGCUUUGAUACUCUGUUCUUCAGGAGAAUAAAACCAAGAGAAUGAGCAAAUUAA